GAGCAAGGAUUCUAUUCUCGAAGACCAAAACAAAAACAAGGGUGAUCGACCGUCGAUCGGGGAAGUUUAUCGCCAAUCUGAAUGACAGUGCAUUAAACAGACUAGAUUUUCUAUUGUAAAUUUCGUUAAUAUACAGACCUGCACAUGCAAGGCGGAGGUUUUGAGGAGCAAGUCCAGACUACAGUGUAGAGCCUACAGGAUGAUAAUAAGCUACACCUCCAAGCAUUCGUCAACAGCAUCAACUGAAUAAACUGAAUCCUGUAUGUGAUACUGAAUGUGCAAGAAGAAACGAAGAGAGACUUGAAUCUUGCGUGGAAGGAGAGAACCAUAGAGGGAUCCCUCCAAGAUGGCUGCCCUUCAAACAGAGUAUAGACGGUUGGAGACUGUCGAGGACGACGCGCCGGAGGAUAGGGACGUCAUGCUCCAUGUUGUUCAUGAUUCUGGAAAAGCACGCUGGAAUCACAUUGAGAAUCUAGAUGAAUUCUUCACAAGAGUCUACCACUAUCAUCAGAGGAAUGGAUACCUUUGUAUGAUGCUCGCCCAACUCCUGGAACUCGUGCAAUUUCUGUUCAUCAUCUUUUUCUCCCUCUUCUUGCUACAAUGUGUGGACUACUCUGUACUUUUUCAAGAUGACAAAAUCUCAGGGGCAAAGGUCACCAUUCCAGAUGCUAUCAUACCACUAGAACAGUGUGCCAAGAAUCCUUCUAGCGUGAUUGUGAUCUGUCUGAUCAUCGCCGGUAUCUUUUGGCUCCAUCGUCUUCUAAGGGUCCUCUAUAACGCAUUCCACUUCUGGGAGAUCAGAUCAUUCUACACAAAAGCACUCAAAAUCUCAUCGAAAGACCUUGUGAAUCUGACAUGGCAUGAUGUCCUCAAGAGGGUUCAGCAGGUCCAAAGGGAACAGAGGAUGUGUAUACACAAGGCAGAGCUGACAGAGCUGGAUAUAUAUCACAGGAUACUGCGGUUUAAGAAUUAUAUGGUUGCCAUGGUGAAUAAGUCUUUACUGCCCUUACAUCAUCAUCCACCUUUCUUAGGAGAUGUAGUUUUUCUCACUAAUGGAUUGAAAUACAACUUAGAGAUGAUCCUAUUUUGGGGUCCUUGGGCCCCGUUCAGGAACUAUUGGCACUUGAAAGAUGAGUACAAACGAUCAUCAAAGAGAGAGGAACUAGCAAGACAGUUAUCAAAGCACAUCUUGUGGAUAGGUCUGGCAAACCUGGUCCUGAGUCCCUUCAUCUUCCUAUGGCAGAUCCUCUACUCGUUCUUCAGCUAUGCAGAACUCAUCAAGAGAGAUCCUUCAACUCUAGGAGCAAGGAAAUGGUCGCAGUAUGGACGGCUGUACCUACGGCACUUCAACGAACUAGAUCAUGAAUUCCAAGCGAGACUGAACCGAGGCUAUAAACCAGCUAAGAAGUACCUGGAUGCAUUCACAUCCAAUGUGCUUGCUAUCAUCUGCCAGAACAUAGCCUUCUUUGCUGGAUCUAUCCUAGCAGUCCUCAUCAUCCUCACCGUCAUUGACGAGGACGUCUUGACAGUAGAACAUGUACUCACUACCGUCACAUUACUAGGAGUUGCUGUUACAAUAUGCAGAACGUUUAUACCAGAUGAGAACCUGAUCUGGUGCCCAGAGACAUUGAUCCAGAGUAUACUAGCCCAGAUCCACUACAUCCCUGACUCGUGGAAAGGCCAGGCCCACACUUACAAGGUCCGGGACGAGUUCUCCCAGCUCUUCCAGUACAAAGCGGUCUACUUUCUUGAGGAGCUCCUGAGUCCUAUUGUCACUCCAUACGUCCUUAUCUUCAAGCUCCGAUCGCGAGCUGUGGACAUCGUUGACUUCUAUCGCAACUUCACCGUGGAUGUCAUCGGUGUCGGGGAUGUCUGCUCCUUCGCUCAGAUGGACAUCAGGACCCAUGGAAACCCCAAGUGGAUGACUGGUGGAAACACCGAUGCCAACCAAUACAACCAAGCUGAAGAUGGCAAAACAGAACUAUCACUCAUGCAUUUCACUGUAACCAACCCUAAAUGGACGCCACCCCAGAGCAGCAAGUUCUUUAUUAGUGCACUAAAGACACAAGCUCAGCGUGAUAUCAAAACAUGUAACAGACUUGAGGCUGAAAACAACGCUCUGAUGACAUCGAUGAGAUCAAUUACAUCCCUUGAAGGGCAAAACAGUAUUCUAGGUAGUCUAGCUGUCCAGCACAGUAACCCGCCUUCCCUUGGUGCCAUCCCCACCCCCCACUUCCAGCCCCCUGCCCCCCUCUCAUCCCCUAUCACAUCCCCCAUCUCGGAAGGAGCAACAAGCCCCCGCCCCAACCAGCUUGUGAUGGGCGGGAUCACCAGUUCGGAAGGCCCUCUGGAUUCUGAGGGGUCGGGUCUUCUUACGAGUUUGCAGAGUCCCGAUGGUGCUUUCCUGACCAGCAUACAAGGUCCCGGUCUAAUGCAGCAGUCUCUCAUACCAACGGCCAAUCCAGUGGUAACGGGACCCUCCCCUGCCAACGGCACGACGGCCGACAUGAACUUUAGCGCCCUCUACAUGCACCAGCUCCACGACAGGAGCGUCAUCUUGCCUGGCUCCACUUCCUUUGAGAUGCAGCCCCCUCAGCAGCCAAUGAACCAAUCCACCCCGUGGCAAAUGGAACCGCCCGCAGACUCCAUAGAGUCUGAUGAUGACGACCAGCCACCCCAGCACAUGCCACUAGCAACAGAGGGGCAGCUCAUAAACACUGAUGACAUCAAUGUCUGAUGACAUCAAUGUCUGGGCCCGGUUUCACCAAAACUGUGAUUGAUGGCAAGUCACAAUAUACCGUUAUAAGCUGCUGAAACCCUUCUAGUUGAUUAGAUGAGAACAAAUAAGUCCUAUGAUUCUAUUGUUUUUGUAAUCAAUAAUAAGUGUUAUGAAAGAAGUCUGUGUGAGCAUUAUUUCCUGGUGUGCUGAUGUAAUUUUUUUUAGCAUCUCCUGGGGCCUGUUACAGAGAGCAUUGCCUGUGACAGUGGUCAGGAAAACAAAAUCAUUCAUGUUCUGUUCCUUUGACUGUAUUUUUGGUUCCAUACAAUGUCCAAUCCAGACUCAACCAGCCUUUCUAGUGAAGCAUUCAAUAUGCAGAGUGCAUGUUGAAUAAUUUAUUGGUAUUUUUUUCACUUUGUCCUGAGAAAAUUUCCAGGAAUGAACUAUUGUUGGGUUGAGGAAGGCAGGUUUGUUUUGAUCCUUCACAGUAGAUACUAACAAGGAGUCUUGGCUGUGCGUGUCAGAUCGGGGUCUGGUUUCAUAAAACUUGUUACAAUAUCAAUAUUGCAAUCAACUUAAAAGCUAAUGAUAUUGUGUUUGAUUAGCUGACAACAAAGUAGAACCCUGGAUAUACAUGUAUUAGGUUAUUUGAACUAGAGAUUCUUUUAUCACAAUGUACUUUUCUAAAUUACAAAUUUGAAAUUUACAUAGUAUUAGUGAAUUCAGUUUUCAGACAGCAUUGACUAUUUCAUUCCUUGCCCAAUUUCUUACAAGCUUCCAAUGUUUGUUUUUCGUAUUUUAUUUUCAUGCUGUCACAUUCAUAAUUUUAGCACCGAUUCUGGCUGCUUUUUAAUUUUCAUCCUAUGCAACAUAAGUGUAUAAUCUUUGACAUCUCUUAAAUUGAAAGACUCCCAACCAUUUCAUUACCAUGCUUACUGCCUAUCAUAAAAAAAUGAAUGAUUAUAAUUUGACGUAGAACAGACCCAAGAAACAAACAAACAAAUCUUUUUAUGUCUUUGAUAUCGCUGUAUGAGCUAAUUUUAAUAUCCAAAUCUCUGGUAGCUACUCAGCUUUUUAUUUAUUCACAAUGGACAAGUUUUAAGAAGUAUAUAUAUAUACAGUGCGUCCCACAAAAAACGAAACCGAGAUUUAUCGAUGAUUUAUCAUAACUUAAUCACAAAUACAAUAGACAAAUGACCUACCAUUGUAAAGCUUAGAAUCUCCUCUUUCAUCUGAAAUUACUUAGAUUAUUUCUCAUUCACGCAUGGAUGAGCAAAAACAAUUUGAAGAGGGGAUACCAAAAAGUCAUUUGGCGGGCUGUAUCUGGGUUU